AUGAGUAUUAGCAAGCUUAAUUUCUUUGAUGGCUAUACAAAAUCAAGAUUGAAGUUUUCCAAAGCUUACAAACAUUUUCUUCAGAGAUUUUCUUAUAGAUAUUUUUUUAUUCAAGACCUCUUGAUGGUAUAUAAUAUCUAUCUAUUUAUCUUUUUUGCUCUAUUACCAUUGAAAUCAAGAAUUAUUACUCCAAUCAACCCGGAUAUCUCAGAAUUUCAAGGAUACCCAUGGACAACAAAGCUUAUAGAAUCGGGUACAAAUCGAUUUUACGUGAAACGAACAUAUCCAACAAAAUUUAUUGAAAAUUUUACAAAAAUAAGAAGCUAUCCCGACAAAUUACAACAAAUUAAAGACUUUUAUAAAGAUUUGUCCCAUAAAAUUUUAGAUAAAUAUUAUCAGAAUCUAACAAAAUCUGAAAGAGAGAAAAAUUCUCUUUCGAUCAUCAAGAUGUUAUCCGCGUUAUGCAUACUUGACCUCAAAGAAGAGUUUCACCAAUGCACAAACAUCAUUUUUUCCAAUUUUACACUUGAAGGAACAUUUUAUAUCGAAGAUUUCAUUCCACAAGUUGUAGGAAACUUCAUUUCUGCAUACCAAUUCACAGACGAUAUGUCAUUUUUAUACAAAACCAAAGAAUUUGCUGAUUUGGCCUUACCAUAUUUUACUUUUUCUCAUACAGUCAGAAUUUCUUAUGAAAACAGAAUUCCUAAAACUAGUUCAUAUGAAAACUCAGAAUGUGCAGAGAAAUAUACCAUUUAUCCAUUAGAAUUCAUUACAUUAUCAAUUUUAUCAGAUGAUCCAAAGUACAUGCAGCAUACAAUGAGGAGAUUUAAGACUAUUUUAAGGGACCAUCAAUACGAAACAGGAUUAAACCAGAAAUACUAUUAUUUGGACAUGUUAGUGAAAUCUUACCAUUUAAUUGGCGAUGCUGGCCUUAAUUUCAUUGAACUGUUCCUUAAAUAUAUCAAUGAUGUAAGAGAGAAGCGUCCAAUUAAUAAAGUUACAGAUGAAUAUAGAAAUUAUUAUUUGCCAGGAACGAUGAUGAUGGCCAUGGUUAAGAAGAACCAUAAAAUAGAGUAA